AACGGGCACGGCUACCACCACCGGCAUGGGCGGCGGAGUCACCCGAGCACGUCGCUGACGUCAUCCCUAUUCAGCCCAUUCGGUCUCGGGCUGCAGGGACUGGAUGACGCAUUCACACACGCUGCCUUCAACGGCAACGCGUUCACCUCAUUCUCAACGUUCAACAGCUCGCUGGCCGGCCCCGGCAGCGCCAACAUGAAGAGCACCACCACCACCACACGCAUCGUCAACGGAAAGAAGAUCACCACUAAGAAGAUAACGGAGAAUGGAAGGGAGACUGUGAUGUCUUAUGAGAAUGGGGUCCUGAAAUCAAAGACUGUAAAUGGUGUACCUCAAUCCCUCACGUACAGUUAAACUAUCUGCGACGAAGACAACCAAACUCGAUCCAAAUGACAACCUGUACUCAUAUCUACUGCGCGAGUUACAUGUUCCAUUUAUCAUUUAGUUUUGCUUUAUUUAAUGUUAUAGGUUCUCUGACAUUGUAAAUUAAUUGCUGUAAUUUUAGAUAUCGAGAUGGUCAAAAUAUUAAUUCUAGUUCUACCUAGACUAAUGUCGCUUUUUACUUUAACUUGACAUAAAUUUGUUACUGCAGAAGAUAAAUACUGAAUAAAUUUUUUAAGUAGUUUGAUUUGAAUACUUUAAAAAUAUAUGUGUUACGUUGUAUGGCACACCGAUUUUGAUCUCAGUCUCACGAACAGAUCCUUGCUUUUUAUCUUAUCUUGCGAUAACUUUAGUGUUAGCGAUCGUUCGCAAUAUUUUGUGCUAGUCGCAGACGCAAGCGCAGUGGCAAUGGCGGGCGCGAGUGGGACUCUGAUUGUGUGGCGUCGUGCGCCGCGUGCGAUUGCCCCUACCUAUUGGAAGCUCACG